AGCCAUUGUGAGUGACUGUGAACCACUAACACACGCUGCUAUGUUGUGACCUGUGUUUGUCAUUGAUUUUCAGUCCAAUCCGGCCACUGGAGCUGGCACGAGCGACAGCGGUGCGGAUCACGUGACGGCGAAAGGGCAGGGGCACGCGCAGGGUUUUUUCACACUUUUGUAAACAACAUGGCGAUCCACGGACUGGCCCUGCUAGCCUACUGAACAAAACACUGUGUUGGAAAACCCUCCAGCUUCUUUUUGCGGCGGGCCGUGCGGAAGUAACGCAGCGGACAGAUAGUUAAGUUGACAGCGACACGACGAAGAGCUGGACUGACGAGCUGUCAACAACACCGUUUGACAGUCAGACGGCCCUCUUCAGUCUAUGGGCUCUCAGUCCAGUUCUGGGAUGUCUGGUGGAAGGGGCUCUUCCAGUGGCAACCCAGCUGAGCAGUCUGAAACAGCAGAACCAAACCAGAGCAGCAGCAGCAGCAGUAGUAGCAGCAGUAGCAGCCGGGGCCGCAGGACGGCUGACAGGCAGCAAGGAGACAGACAGUCGGCAUCAGAAGAGGACGUAGACUUAGCUGAAGUGCUGGCUUACCUACUGAGGAGGGGCCAGGUCAGACUGGUCCAUGGCAGUGGAGCCACAGGGCUGCAGCUGGUCCAGUCAUACUCUGACUCUGAUGAGGACAGUGACGGAGCCUGGGAGGGUCGGCUGGGUGACCGCUACAAUCCACCAGUGGACACCCAACCCGACACACACGAGGUGGACCAGAGUGAGAUCCGAACUCAGAUCCUGCUGGCCACCGCCUCCUCUGUUUUGAAAGGGCGACAGAGUUUCACCCACUUGCUAACAGAGAGGGAACAAGGCAGAUGUAGAGGCUCCAGUUUUUCCCAUGGAGAGUGCAGUCGUAUCCGCACACAUUUUCUUCCAAACUAUGUAUCCCACAAGGAUACUUACCAGCAGAAAGCCUUCUGUGGAGUGUACAGUGAGGAUGGCAACAUGUUCCUCUCUGCCUGCCAAGACCAGAACAUCCGCCUGUAUGACACCACCAGGGGGCGCUUUCACUUACGGCGAACAGUGAAGGCUCGCGAUGUGGGCUGGAGUGUGCUGGAUGUCUGCUUCACCCCUGACGCACAUCAUGUCCUCUACUCCAGCUGGUCUGACUACAUUCAUUUGUGCAGUAUAGAUGGAGACAGUGAAAACCACACCGCCCUGGACCUCAAUCCAGAUGAGAGGAGGUUCUGUGUGUUCUCACUGGCUGCGUCCACAGAUGGCAAUGAGAUCCUGGGAGGAGCAAAUGAUGGCUGCCUUUACGUUUUUGAUCUUGAGCAGAAUAAACGAACGUUGAAGAUUGAUGCCCACGAGGACGACGUGAAUGCGGUGGCGUUCGCCGACAGCUCGUCCCAGCUGCUCUUCUCUGGCAGUGACGAUGCGCUGUGCAAGGUGUGGGACAGACGGACGCUGCGGGAGGACAGACCGCAGCCUGUCGGACAGCUGGCCGGCCACCGAGACGGCAUCACCUUCAUCCACAGCAAGGGGGACGCACGCUAUCUCAUCAGCAACUCGAAGGACCAGUCCAUCAAGCUCUGGGAUGUCAGGAAGUUCUCUCCCAAAGAGGGGUUGGCAGCUUCCCGCCUCGCUGUCACCCAACAAAACUGGGAUUACCGCUGGCAGCAGGUUCCCCAGAGAGCCUUAAAGAGACACAAGCUGACGGGCGACACAUCAGUGAUGACCUACCGUGGUCACGGCGUUCUGCACACCCUCAUCCGCUGCCGUUUCUCUCCGGAGUUCAGCACCGGACAGAGGUUCAUCUACUCUGGCUGCUCCACUGGCAAAAUCAUCAUCUAUGACGUGCUGACGGGCGGCGUGGUCUCCAGACUGUCGGGUCAUGACGCGUGUGUGAGAGACAUCAGUUGGCACCCGUACGAGGACAACAUCGUCAGCAGCUCUUGGGACGGAGCGGUGCGAAUGUGGGAGCACAGACAGACCCAUCCUCUUGAGGAGGAGAGAGAGAGGGAGAGAGGCUCACAGCCGGAGAAAGACCAUUGAGGCCGCGAGAGAGAGAAGAAGAGAGACAAAAGAGAAAAAAAAGAUUUCAGAGGAAGUGACAUCACCACAGAAGGGGCGAGGCUGGCCUUACAGAAGAAGACCGUGAGCUCUAAAGGACUGGGAGAGACUUAAAUAUCUUUAUAAUUCAAUGCUGGAUAUUAAUGAUUACAGUUAUAGCGUGGUUGUGAAGUGUUCAUUUGGAAGGCAUUAUAGUCUGACAUUGUCGAGUGCAGAUAUGGGCGCAGCGGCACGGCCUACUUCUGUCCGUCUUUUGUUUUUGCCUCACUGUCUUGCGCAAAAUCUACAGGCCAGAGCUUUUGAAUUUUGGCCUGAAACACUUCACUCAAAUGUGCUGAAGCUCAAAACGGCAAACACUGCACUUACUUAAUGAGUCGUUGAAAUUUAAUGGUAAGUUAGUAACAUAAAAAAAAAUCAACGUUGGAUAUUGCAGGGAGAAACUGAGGGGGAUAAUUCUGUAUAAAUGUAUAGUAUUUUAAUGGUAUGUGCGUUCAGGGAGUGUAUUUAGAUAGUUAUCAGUGUGCUGAUUUGGACUCAAUUUUGACUUUGCUGGUAUGGAUAAAAUGAGAUGUGUCCUAUUUGAGGGUCUGUCACGUUCAAAGUACACCUGAUUUACUAUAAUGAGCCUACAUGAGAGUCACAACUCCUGAACCUGGCUAUUAUGUGACUUCCCUGAGCUUACCGUCGGCCCACCACUUGGUCAGCUGUUCAGGGGAAACUUCCUUUGCUAUGUCAGAUAUUUCCAGCAUUCCAAGUAGACCAGGACGCCCAAACAUACUCUCAGUUUAACUGUCCAACUCAAUGAUUUUAUGCUAAAUCUUCUUGAGACCUCCUCAAAUCUAAACCCAACCUUGGUAUUUGGACACAGCGAUAGUCUGAGGUCAUAUUAUUGAUCCUGGGUCAGCACUCAGCUCUGUAAACACAAGCCCUUAGUCUUAGUAAUUUUUGUUGGCCAAUAUAAACCUGUGAUCUGUUUAAAAGAUUUGAAUGUGAGUAAUAAUAUGUUGGAGUCAAGAUUUGGUGAAGGUGGGUGGGUGUGUGUGUGUGCGUGUGUGUGUGCGUGGAUCAAAACUUACACACUGAUCUGUAUAUGCAAUUUUCAGGUGUUUAUAUCAAAGCCCAUAUUUCACUCUCAGACCGUUGUUUUACAGGAACAAUAAAACCUCUCUUUAAAUGUA